CAAUUUUAUUCGCAUCUCGCGCUCGCGCAUUUCGUAUGUUACUUGUUUCGAGUUUACUUCAGUUAGUUUUGUUGUUUUGCUAAACUUACAUCAAUAAUUUAUUCAAAAUGAAGCCUGAUACCAAGUGUGUUCUCCGUUUCGCCAAACUGACGGACCAGGCUAUCGCUCCGUCCAAAGGUUCCGCCAAGGCCGCCGGAUUCGACUUGAAGAGCGCCUACGAGUACACCGUUCCGGCCCGCGGCAAGCAGCUGGUUAUGACCGACAUCCAGGUUCAGCUGCCGGAGGGUUGCUACGGUCGGGUGGCGCCCCGCUCGGGUUUGGCCGUGAAGAACUUUAUCGAUGUCGGUGCCGGCGUCGUGGACGAGGACUAUCGUGGCAACCUGGGGGUGGUCCUGUUCAACCAUUCCGACAACGAGUUCAAGGUGGCCCGCGGCGAUCGGAUUGCGCAGUUUAUCUGCGAGCGGAUCUUCUACCCCGAGCUAGAAGAGGUCGCCAGUUUGACGGAAACGGAACGCGGUGCGGGAGGGUUCGGUUCCACGGGAACGCAGUGAGGUGUCGAACAAUCUCGCUCUAGUUGUUAAGAUUUUCAUUUUGUAUUCGUAAAAAAUAUGGCGAAAGCCAAUAAAAUGUUGAUGCUGUGAGUAAUAAAAAAGUUAUUGAUUGGUUGUAUCUAUCUU